GACUGUGUUGACGUGGCGUAGAUGGCUAGUGAGCUAAACAAACACACAUUCGGCUCUUUGAAUUAGCGAGGAGUAUGGCUUAGCGGAAAAAACGGUGAAUUCAUCAGACUGUAUCAGGUAUCCGGGGGUUUUCACUACUUUAUUUUACAACACUUAUUUAUAUUGUACUUCAUAUUGUCGAAGUAAAUCUGACCGACCCUGCUGCGAACAAAAUAAGCGAAACCAUCGAACGCUAACAAUGCUAGCUAGCUAGCUGUGGGUAGUGAAAGCAGGUUUGGAGAAGGGAAUAAACACGUUUUGUUUGAUCCAAAGGUUUUGGGAAUGCAUAUUUCUUUUAACGGGUGAUCGGUGUGGAAAUAGAAUGACUUUAACAGGGUCGCUGAUAACUUGGUUAGCCAGGUUUCGAGGGCCUGUAGCGCUGUAUCACCUAAAGGGACCUGCCUUGCCUAGAUUUCGUCAACAGCCUAUUGAACUGAAAGGAAGAAAAUGACUGGAAGAAACCAUUAUAAUGGCUUCCAGUCAGCUACGACGAUGCAGCCUGCGACCGGGGGUCACACCUAUAUCUUCAGCAACAAUUCUGAGACUGAAUGCUCUGAGGAGGACAGCGAGAGCAAUGAGCUCCGUCCCAGAGGAAGAGAAAGGCUUCGGCGCAGUACAUCCAGAGAGCGGAAGGACGACAUUGUCUACGUGAUGAGGGACAUUAAGGAAGGAGACACGUUGAUUAGCAUUUCGCUUCAGUAUUUCUGCUCUGUCACUGAUCUAAAGAGAGCCAACAAUCUCCUGACAGAACAGGACUUCUUUGCCUUGAGAUCCAUCAAAAUCCCUGUGAAGAAGUUUAGCUUGUUCACAGAAACACACAACACGGCUCCUCUCAAAUCGAGCUCGCCCAGUGGUGUACGCAGGCUCCUGGAGAUCCCGCCGAGCACGGUUUCAGCAGAUUCCUGUCCCUCCUCUUCCUCCUCUACAGACAGCGUGGAGUGCUUCCUGCAGGAGAAGGACAAGGAUAUUGAGCUUCUGGUGAAAUACUCAAGCCCACCCAGAAGCAGUCUGAGCGAGGUGGUGUCCUCACUGAACUCCCAGCAGCCUGCUCAGGGAGAGGCAGAGCGCAGAUCGACAGUGAGGAAGGACCCGUACUAUGGCGCGGACUGGGGUAUGAGAUGGUGGACUGCGGUAGCCAUUAUGCUUGUGGUGGGAAUAGUCACACCGGUGUUCUAUCUGCUCUACUAUGAGGUGCUGAUGAAAGCGGACGUGAGCCACCACACUACAACAGAGGCCAUCAGGCCAGAGUCUACACACUCAUACUUUGUUGGUGCAAAAGUUCUACCACAAACUAAGGCUCCUCCUCCCCAAGAUGCCGUCGGAUAUCGAGCUGUUAAACAUCUAGAAUCUGUUCCGAGACAGGAACAGAAAACAUAAAGAGGGAGGACAUGGACUGCAGUGAUAGCUUGUGGAUUUUUUUCAAAGGACUUCUUAACAAAACCACUUUUGUAGUAAGAAAUUUUGCCCUUAAAUGGACAUGUUCAAUAUUUUUGAACCACUUCACUAUGGGUGAAAUAGCGAUUUUCUGAUCAAGUGCUACUUGCAGAUAACGGCUAAAAUUAACUACUUGCAAAAGCUUCUGAAGAAGACAAAGUGUAUCCUCAGUGAAAUAUACGGAUACACUGUAAUGCUGUAUUGGGACAAGCAUAUUAUUUUUUAAAAUUACAAUAAGUUUCAUGUUAAUCAGUUGGAAUGCAGCUAACUGGUUUAAUUUAUCUAGAUCUUAUCACCAUCAUCUCUUAAAUGUAAUGCGAUUUAAAAAUUAAAUGGGUGUUUGGUUAAAUCCUAUUGAAUUCAUCCUUCGAAUAUGAAAUGAAUAUGCAUUUUGUAGUCUCAAGCUGCCAUGCCAUAACCGCACAAGUGGGCAUUAAUAGUGCUGUUGGAAGUGCUCUGGCUCAGAGUGUGAAAUAGCUCUUUCUGACUCGGUCCUUUAAGCAAUUUCUGUCAUGCUUUUUGCACAGAUUUUACUCCAUAUGUGACAAAACCUUAUUAAACCUAACAAUUGUCUCAGUUGUGAGUGAACACACACACACACACACACACACACACACUAAUUUAUUCUUGAAAAUGGUCCGAAUUGAAAACAGUAUUGACACUGAUGUUGCCUACUUUCUAUUAAAUGUUGCUUGAAAGGUCUGUUUGCCAGCUACAAUGCUGAAACUCUUUUUGACUCUUGAGAAAGUGAUGUGAACUUGUUUAAUACUUGUGGAAAUCUAAGUUGUAAUCUCUUUAACCAUGACCAUUUGUGUAAAAUGAUGAAUUUGAGCAGUAUGUGCCUUCGGCCUGAAGAAUGUAGUUACAGGUUGAAAAAUAAAAUAAUUAUAUUUUACUAUA